AUGUUUGAUGAAAGCAAGUUCGAUGUCAAUCUCAAGCUGUGGGCUCUUAGAAUUCCCCGUGAGCUCUGUAAAAGCGCAACUCGGAUACUCAAUGGGUACAUGCUCAACAUGCCGCGAAUUAAGCCCAUCACCGAAGAUCCUGCUUGUGAAAAGACUCGUUUGGUGAUAUUGUCUGAAAGUGUUCAAAGUUCUGAUUUAUUGGAGAUACCCGAUGAAAAACUAAACCAGCUUAAGAAACUAAGUGAAGCAGUUGAAGUAGUUUCUCACUCGGUCACCCUUGGGUAUUCCUAUUGGAGUGCAGGUCAUAUUGCCCAUUUGAAUCUACAUGAUGAGCUCCUUCCAUUCAAAGAUGUUAUAGCAAAGGUUAUCUUCGAUAAAAACUAUCCAAGGAUCAAGACAAUUGUUAAUAAAGUCGGGACUAUCUCUAAUGAGUUUCGAGUGCCAAAGUUUGAAGUGUUGGCUGGAGAAAAUGGGAUGGAAACAGAAGUGAAGCAAUAUGGGGCAAGGUUUAAGCUGGACUACAGCCUGGUUUAUUGGAACUCGAGACUGGAGCAUGAGCACAUGCGCCUCUCGUCUCUGUUCAAACCUGGAGAAACCGUGUGUGAUAUGUUUGCUGGUAUUGGACCUUUUGCUAUUCCGGCUGCACAAAAAGGAUGCUUCGUUUACGCAAAUGAUUUAAACCCAGACAGCGUUCGGUACUUGAAGAUCAAUGCACAGUUCAAUAAGGUCGAUGAGUUGAUUUGUGUGCACAAUAUGGAUGCUCGAAAGUUCAUUUCUCAGUUGAUGACGGUCUCAACUUGUGAGGGUAAUUUGCAAUCAGUUGCUGAUGACAAAGCAAAGGAAGCAGUCGCGAGUCAAGGAGAGGAUACGAAUGCUGGAGUUAGAAGAGAGGAAAUAAGUGAAUCUAAUGCAAGCAUAAAUGAGCCUCUUGCUGCAAAUAAGAAGCCAUCUUGUAUAUCAGAGACGGAAAAUGGGGUAGGUAAAGACUGCAAGAAGACUAUAGAAGGAAACGCAAAUAAGAGGAUGAAACAAACGUUGCUCCCAAUCGCAAAGCCGUGGGAACAUAUCGACCAUGUUAUUAUGAACCUUCCAGCUUCUGCCUUGCAGUUUCUCGAUGCUUUCAGUAAUGUUAUUCAAAGAAGGUAUUGGAAGGGAACUCUGCCUUUAAUUCAUUGCUAUUGCUUCAUACGUGCAAGCGAAACCACAGAGUCUAUAGUUGCAGAAGCUGAAACUGCAUUGAAGUUCCAUAUAGAAGACCCGGUCUUCCACAAGGUCAGAGAUGUUGCGCCAAACAAGGCGAUGUAUUGCCUAAGCUUUAGACUACCUGAAGCAUGCUUGAGGCAAGAAGACUAAAAGACAUUUUUGGGAAGAGACAAGAAUCAAAACCUAUGUUGGGACUUUUUUUUGUAUUUCAUUUGGAUUUUGCUAAAGAGUUUGUAUCCAUUCUCUAUACUCCAUUCUUGAAUGUCAUAACUCAUAAGUUUCAGGUUUAGUUUUAUGCUCAGAGAGUCAGAGUAUUAACAAAAGCAAAACAGUUUAGCUUAAACUUUGGUUGCAUAUGGAUGCAAAACUUCGAGAUUGCCGGCUUAAGUUUUGUGAUUGUGAUUAUUAUUAGGAAGUUACAGACUUAAAGUGUGAAAAAAUAGAUUUAACCGAACAAACAUUGUAUUUUUGUUU